AUGAAACACUUGCUUAGUUUGCCGCUUAUCUCUGUCAUCGGAAUCGUCAGUGCAAACACGAUAAAAUUAACCACAAAAUCGGAUAAUACAUCAUAUAACGGAAAAAGUUUAACAGAAAUAAGGAAAGAGCCACUCUCUUACAACGUCGCAAUAUCAGACGACUAUGGCAAUUCAGAUUUCGACUUCAAAUCCAAUGGUUACAUUGGUAUGCAAGAUUCGGUUGAGCAAGGAGAGGAAGUGUACUUAGGUACCGAUACAAACGGGGAUCUUACUUUCACUAAAGGAGGGCUGAAGAUUAAAGAUGUUGAUGGAUUGCUCCAAAUCGGUCUUUCGAAAGAUUUUUAUGCCUGUGAAGAUAAUGUUUUGCUGACCUCAAAAUAUGGGAAACUGAAUUGUGUUCCAGUCAAUAUUAGAAUUGUUGAGGAUUCUUCUCCCUCGCCAUCUUCAUCAUCACCUUCAUCACUCCCACCUUGUCCACUGAGUUGGGACCCCAACGGAGGGGUAGGACCAGAAUGCGCACCGAUACCUUCUUCGUCUCCUUCUCCAUCUUCGUCCGUACCUUUAUCGUACACUCCUUGUCCGCUGGAUUGGUAUACCAAUGGAGGAAUAGGACCAGAAUGUGCUCCAAUACCUUCUUCUUCUUUUUCCUCGGGGUAUCAGAACACAACGAUUGUCACAACAAAAACCAUUACAGAUUUUGUCACAUACUGCCCAGAUUCUACGACUAUUACAGUAACAACAUGUUCAAGCGACAUCUGCAACCCUGACACUAUCACUGUUCCUGCGCCAACUACUUUGACAGUUACUGGUCCUUGUGUCGUACCUAUUACUUAUCAGCAACCACAGCCUGCAGUUUCUAGUGGUGAAUCAAAGACCUCUGAGCCAGUACCUGAGUCCCCAGAUUUAUCAAGCUCAUCACCAGUUGGUCAAUCUUCCUCUGCGGUAGUUUCAAUUGUCGAAAAUGCUGGAGAGAAGAAUUUUAUUCAAAGCUCAAUAAGUCCAAUUUUGGCUGCAAUAGCUAUUGGAUGCAGCUUUUUACUUUAA